AUGGGGCUGGAGCCCGAGCCGUCGUCGGACAGCGGUAGCAACGACUGGAGUUUGUCGGAUGCCGGGCCGCCAGAGUGCCGGAUCCUCAUCCCUGAGGAGGAAGACACGCCAGUUAAAUCUGAGACUGCACCUUUUAUUCCGUUAGAAGAUAUUGAAGAGGUUCCGCGAAAGUUCACCCUCUUCCCCAGUCCAAUCCCCCAAAAAUUGUCCACGCAGCGGAAGCGGAGUUCACGGGAAAGACGAAGAAGAUCUAGUCACAGAGAUCAUAUCGAAUUUUCAAAUGAUGUGGAGGAGAUUGAGGCACAGGAGCCACAACCAAAGCUUACUUUAAAAGAAAGCCUAAAGUCGCAAUGGAGAGAAGUGUGGGCAGAUUUGAGCGAUACCAAACAAAUGGUUUUUCAAUGGCCGGAAAACACGCCAUUAGAAGUACACGAACUCGUCGGCCCAGAACGAUUCGAUCCAGGAUUGCCAAAAUACCAAAUGCCAUUUUUCUGGAGUAGUGAACGGAUCCCAGCCACACCUUCUUGGGCACUUAUCGUAUGCGCCAUCGAAGUAACCUUUGGCCUGAUAUGCUGGUUCGGAAAUAUUAUCCACUUUUCGCUUUAUAUUCCCUCCUAUGAGGACAAAGGGACCCCAUUAUUUAUCCUAUUCUCUACACUGCUCCAAUUGACGAUAUUUUUCUCUGCCAAGGUGUUCUUUGUGAUCUCAAUAUCAGAGCGUCGUGCCCGACUUCUUCGAUUACAAUUGCUUUUUCAAUACACAACUUGUGUCUUUCUACUCUUAGAUGCAUCAUUUGCAUUAGCUGCCGAUUUUGGUGGUUAUCUUGAAGAGCAAUUAUACGGGCGCCGAAAUCCCCCAAUCAUCCGGCUACUUGCCUUCCUCUCCUUAUUAUUUUUAUUUGUACAACUAUAUUUGAGGAUGAUGACUGUCCAAGUUUAUAAUUUUAUGAGUGACAAUCGAAAAUUUCACUUAGCGUUGCACAACAGCUGGUGGCGAUACAGGAAACGUGUUUACUUUUCAUUUUGUUCGAUUCGCAAUGCGGAAAUGAAGGAUGAAGAUACGGAGAAGCGUAAGAUGGAUGCAGUCAAGCGUGAAGAAGUCAGAGACGCAGAGGUGUUCCGUAUGAUACAACAAGACAACCUUGUAACGAGGAUAACGGUCGAUCCGAAUCGAUAUUCGCCACCUACAUUCUCGCCCAUUGUUCCACAACCAGGACAACCACCACCGUUCUCAAUGGUGAUCAACAUGGAGAGCGACGCUGAUUCAAUCCUCGGAAGGCCGGUUAAAAGUUCAACAUCCUUGGCUUCGGUGGCUUCGGGCGGUAAUUCAUUCCAACCUUUGAAGCGGAAUCGACCGUCGAAAAUGGCAUCAAGCUCGGCCUCCUCUACACCACACCUCUCAAGACGCGUCAAAACGCAUCGUCCAAGGACUACAGUCAUUCCAAAUAAACGACAACGAAUCGAUAGCGAACAAAACGGUUUUCAAAAGAAAAAGGAUCAUGGCAUUCGACUACAGCUUGAGGUUGAUGGCGAUUCGGUACGACGGCUGCUGGAUGGUCGAGCGGGUGAUAAACUGCCGGCUACAUUGGCGUUAUCACCA